GGUAUGCAUGAAUAUUUAGGUAGCCAGGGACAGCGGACUAGCUAGCUUUUAUAUGGCUGGAUCCACCCACAAUUCAUGCAUCCAUCCAUAUUCCAUAGCAAUGGCACAAAUAGCCAUCUCGGCAGCGGCGGUAGCAAUAGCGAUGGCACUACCACUGAUAGUGAUGCCGUUGCGUGUUGGGGGUGAUACCAGCCCGGUGCAGCCACCGAUCGGGAUGCCCAACUGUGUCACGUUGUGCGGCGAUGUGAAGGUGCCGUACCCGUUCGGCCUGGGCCAGGACGCCAGCUGCUACCUGCCGGGAUUCAACCUCACCUGCAACACCACCGGCUCAAGGCAACGGCUGUUGCUCGACACUGACGGCACUCUCGAAGUCUCCUAUAUCGGCGACGGCGAAUUACCCUUCUUCGCCGUCCAACGCAACGGCGACAUAAAAGUCGAGCUCCAUGCCGAUGGCAACGGCAACGGUGUGUUCAGCCGCGGCCUUAGGCUCGACGGGCCAUACACGCUUGUAAGCGGCGUGCACGAGCUCAUCCUGACGGGGUGCAAUGUGGAGGUGACGAUAUUGAACGGCAAUGUGACCUUGGCCAGCUGCACCUCGCUCUGCGACGAGCAGACAUCAGACAAUGAAAUCAGCUUGAUCGACCGAUGCUCCGGCGGCAGCAAUGGCUGCUGCCGCGCGAACAUCAUCACGCCCGGCUACGACGACGAUGGACGCAGCCAAGUUUACAGCACCGGCAACACCGCAUAUGACGUGCAGCUCAGACGGUUGGGUGGUUGGAACCGUAGCGCCGACCGGGACCAAUUCUCGAUGCGUGUGUUUGUGGCCGACCGUAGGUGGUUCGACAACACCUCCGUCUCAAACGACCUGUUACAGACUCGUCAACCUCCAUCAAAAGAGACAAUGGCAGUUCCUCUUACGCUGAUGUGGGAGGUUGUUGGUCAUCCUAACAGCAGCAGCGUCUGCAAGAGCAACCACAGCGAACGCAUAAAUGGCACACGAGGAGGCUAUACGUGCGGCUGCAAAGAGGGUUACGGAGGCAAUCCUUACCUCACAGAUGGGUGCAAAGAUAGCGAUGAGUGCAAGUGGUCACCAGCAACCAAUACUUGCUACGGUGAAUGUAGAAACACGGAAGGAUCCUUCACGUGCCAGUGCCCGGCAGGAACCACUGGUAACUUCACCAUACCCGGUGGGUGCGUCAACACUACUAUCGCUAUGGCAGAUAGCUGCAUGAGCUGGUGCGGUGAUGUGGAGGUGCCAUACCCGUUCGGCAUUGGCCCGUCCAAUUGCUACUCGCCAGGGUUCCGCCUCGUGUGCGACACGACCAAUCACCCCCCACAGCUGCUCCUCGGUAAUGGCGAGUUCCGGGUCGUCAAUAUCUCCCUUCCCAACUCCACGAUGGGUCUUAUCGGGACCAACGACAUUUAUCCCUACGGAAUGUCAAGAGCUUCACUGGCCACUGAAUUUUCGGAUGCUUUCCCUUCUUUUUCUGCUGAAGAGGUGCCCUACUCCCUGUCCAUGAGCAACGAGCUCGUCCUCACGGGGUGCAACGCGCAUGCGAUUCUGGUGGGUCACAGCGACCCAGCCAUUAUCAGCGGUUGCGCCUCCUUCUGCUACAACAAUGACACCGGUGGUGUCUGGGGCGAUGGGUUGUCAACAAAUGGCAUACAUGGUGGAAACAGCGGUGGCGGCAGCAAAUACUGCUACGGCAAUGGAUGUUGCAAGGCGCGCAUCUCUGAGUCCAUGGACGGAAUGCCAAAGAAACUCGACUUCAAAUGGAUCAACACCAACUCUCAAAUACGGUUGCCUGUCUAUGUAUUCAUCGCAGAGGAGGGAUGGUUUGAUCCGGUGGGUGUCACCGGCAAACUGAUGCGGGAGGGCCGUGGUCGGAACAACCGGACAUCGGAUGUUAUGAAGCCUCGCAUUGUUCUCCAGUGGGAGGUGGUACUCCCGCAUAAUGGUUCAUCAUCAGCCAACGUGAGCUCACAUCCCGGCUGCGAUGGCGGCGAUUAUCAGGUUACACCACGCGACCAGAUCUGCAAGAGCAAGCACAGCCAGUGCAAGCGUGGGAACAGAGGCUAUACGUGCCAGUGCAAAGAGGGCUACGACGGCAACCCAUACGUUGUCCACGGCGGAUGCAAAGAUGUCCGCUCCAAAUACGUAGGUUUGAACGUAAUUAUUGGACUUGCUAGUGGAGCGGGCCUCAUAUUUUUGGUCCUCAUUGCAUACUAUAUUUCCUAUAAAUAUAAGCUUCAAAGGGCACAAAUGUUAAAAUGGAAGUAUUUCGAGCAAAAUCGUGGGCAGUUGUUGCAACAGUUGGUAUCUCAAAGAGCUGAUAUUGCAGAGAGAAUGAUCAUAACCUUGGGAGAAUUGAAGAAGGCAACAAAUAAUUUUGAUAAAGCUCGUGAACUUGGUGGUGGUGGACAUGGUAUGGUCUAUAAAGGGAUUUUGUCGGACCUCCACGUCGUAGCCAUCAAGAAAGCAAAGAUGGUUGUUCAAAGGGAGAUUGAUGAGUUUAUUAAUGAGGUUGCUAUCCUAUCACAAAUCAACCAUAGGAAUGUAGUAAAACUAUAUGGCUGCUGCCUAGAAACAGAAGUCCCAUUGUUGGUCUACGAGUUCAUAUCCAAUGGAACUCUUUAUGAUCAUCUUCAUGUUGAAGGAUCAAGAUCAUUGUCAUGGGAUGAUAGGCUACGGAUAGCAACUGAAACGGCUAAAUCUCUUGCCCACCUUCACUCAACAGCUUUAGUACCUAUCAUCCAUAGAGAUGUCAAGCCUGCUAACAUACUUUUGGAUGAUACUCUAACAGCAAAAGUAGCAGACUUUGGAGCUUCAAGCUACAUUUCAUUGGACAAAUCAGGUCUCACAACAAUGGUGCAAGGUACACUAGGAUAUCUCGACCCGAUGUACAUGCACACAUGGCGGCUCACGGAAAAAAGUGAUGUUUAUAGCUUUGGUGUUAUGCUUAUAGAGUUGAUGACAAGAAAGAAGCCAUUUACCUACAUGGCUCCCGAAGGCAAUGGUCUUGUUGCACAUUUUUCUACCUUAUAUACAGAAGGCAAUAUUUCACAAAUAUUAGAUCCACAAGUUAUGAGCGAGGGUGGCAACAAAAUUGAUGGAAUCGCUAGAAUAGCGAUAGAAUGUGUGAAAAUAAGAAGGGAAAAACGACCAACAAUGAGAGAAGUAGAGUUGAGACUGGAAGCUGCUCAAUCAACUGCUAGAUCUGAGGCAAAUUGUGAUGUUGCAGCAAAUUCUCUAUCAGCAAGCACAGCAAGAUUGACUAGCAGACAAUAUAGUUUGGAACAAGAGUACAUAUUGUCUGCUAGAUAUCCACGGUAGUUCUAUUUGCACAUGAGCUGAACACAUUCAACUUUAAGAUAUUUUGUGCACUAUAUUACCUUAGUGGAAAGGACUGUUCUAAUCCCUUUCUCUGCUGGCAGCUUUGUUUUUAGCCUUUUAUUAUUUUUCGCAUUCAGUGUAAACUCACGGUCAGCUUGCAUGGAAGCUUGCUAUUCAUGUACCAGAAUAAUGAAUUGGUCGCGAGAACUUAUGGGUUUUA